AUGCAGAUGAUUUACCAUCAGAGCCACCAGGGAACUGGGAGCUCGCAUCACCUUUUGGCUUCUCAUAGGACGUGGAGCAGCCUUCAGAGGUGCUGGUCUGGCAAGAUAUUCUUGCCGCUGCUGGCGCAUCGUCUGUGGAGACUGACGCUGCAAAUUCUGGUGCGGUACUCCAAAUCUGUCAAGGAGCUUCCAGACCUCUUAGAAACAAUCAAGCCAAAACUUGAAGUGAUGGGCUUUAAGAAUUUUUCUUCCAUCUCAGUCAAACAGACAAAUACAAUGAAGGAAGGAGCCCCUGGCCCUGCGGGAUUUGCCUAG